CAAAUACAAAGCUAAGCUAUGCAUGCAUCCAUGCAGUCUAUUCCCCCAAAUUCAGAUUUUCUAUUUUUUGACAUCUUACAUUGAAACCGGCGGGAUAAAUGCAUUCUUAUUUUGAUAACUAUAAAUUGAACGGAACAACUCUAUCUCACUUUCUUUCUUUUCCCACCAACAUCCUCCCUACAACCUCUUCUCAAAAUGAUGGACUACUCAGGAACAGCAAUUACAGACAAAUACCCAAUGAGGGCUUUAUGUGGAAAAAGAUACGAUAAUGGAUUCCCAUUCGAUUCUUCUUCAGGUGGUGUACCAAGAACAUGCUUUGAAGAUAUCGUCUUGGUUCCAUUGGCAAGUUGGAUCUUUUUGGUCGGAUUGGUAGGAUUGAUCGUUUUUGGUUUGAAUACUAUGCGUAAUCAAUCAAGCUCCGUCAAAUCACCAUUGCAUCGUCUGGUCUACAGAAAGAAAGAUGCCGCUACCUUACGUGAUGAUGGCUUAUUGGAAAAGGAUGGCGGCAAUUCACCUUCCGUUGUUUCCCCUAACACUUGGGGUUUCCGACACACAAAGUUGGCCAGCUCACUCAGUAUCUUGUAUUCGCUCUUAGUGAUCGCAACCUUGUUGAUGAACAUCUUGGAAAUUGUACGACUUUAUCUCGCUGAUCGUGGUGCAGGCUUGCUCCCAUUCACCUUGGCAUCUAUAGUGAUCAUCUUGGUAUUGAUGCACGUUCCAUUGCCCGAUAGGAUGUUAUUGCCAACGAGUGCCUUAAUCUUAACGUUCUGGACAUUCGCUCUGGUUUUCACAAGCGUUCAAUUAGCAACUCUGGGCAAAUUGGCUAAGAUCGAACCCAGAACAAAUACCGAAUAUCUCAAUUCCGAUCAACAAAUCGAUGUUGGUGUGGCCGUUGGAUUGUAUGCCAUCGAAUUCUUGGUAGAAGGUCACAGAUUACUCAAAUUGAUCAAACGAAUCCGUCAAUAAGCAUCAGCCUGAUCACUUGGCAAUCUUAUAAUCUAUGAUACCCGUGCUUUUCUUUGUGAUAAAAUGAGAUGAAAAUGCUGAUUAAUGUAGUAUA